UCAAUUGCCCAUUGAUAUACUCCGGUACAGUAGGUGGCGGUAUGCACCUGGUACAGUAGGUGGCGGUAUGCAUCUGUUUAAUUGUCAUGCUAGCAAUUAGACCAUUACAGCAAAAGACGACGAGAAGAAGAAGCUGCAGAAGAACAAGUCCAGACUUUUUAUUCAUUUUUUAAAGUGAAGGACCAAGUCCCGCAUGGAACCGGGCGGCGCAAGGUUCCAGCCCUGGCGGGACUACUUUGGCUUGUCGGACGCAGUUCGAAGGAUCGUGAGUCGGAACCCGACAACUCCGGAUCCUCCAGAGCAGAUGAUUCCUUCGGAACUGGACGCUCUCCUGGAAAAAAGUGACCGUCAGGAGAACUGUGUAGCAGAUGAUCCAACUCGAUGCACAAUGCAGUUCCACAUUCAUGCACCAGGUGGCGAUCUGCUGGAUGUUCCCGCAGAAGGAGGGCUGAAAGCAGGGCAAGGGCAGAAGCAGCCGAAGACACCCGAGCCUGCACCCGCGCACAUGCUGUGCCGUUUCUGCAAACGUAACGGGGAGCCCGAGGUGGUCUACAAGUCUCAUUGGCUGAAGGACCUCUCGGGAGAUGUCCUGUGUCCUGUCCUGUGGCAGUACGUGUGCCCUCUGUGCGGCGCUACAGGACCGAAAGCCCACACUAAGCUCCACUGUCCGAAGGUGGACAAGGCGUACCGGUCCGUUUACUCCCAAGGUAGACGCUGAACUUCUGGUCUCCUUGGGAGGUUUCACCCGUGUGGCUUUCAAACGUUUUACAGACCGGAUUAAAAUACAUGCAUGAUGUUUUGCAUGGGUUCAAGCUUUAUUUGGUUUGUGUCACAGGUUAGCAUUCAAUAUUUCAACUCUGCUUGGAAUGCUUCGUCUUUUGCUCGAAUCGUUUUGUUACCCGACCUGAGCCCCCCUGUUCUGCUGCUCAUAAUUAGCAAGGAGAUCUGUGAUGACAGAGUCUGAGUCGUUCAUGUCCGUCAAUACUGGCGAGUAACAAAUAGCACCUUGUGUUCAAAACUCCAUCAUGUUAAAAAACAUCCCAAUUAAAAUGCCAAAGAAU